UAUUCAUUGUUGGGACAAGUUCCAAACCAACAUACAGAGAAAAAAAGCAUAGAGAGUUUGAUCAUCUGUUUUUUGUUUAAUUCACUUCUAUAUUAAGAAAACAAAAACUUUUUCUGGGUUUUGGUGGGCUUUUGCAGUUAUUGCAGCAGGACCUGUCUUUGGUUUUAGCCAUAAAGUUUGAACAUUUACACACAUUGAAUUGAAUUCUGAAGAAAUAUAAAUAUAUAUAUAUAUAUAUAUAUAUAUUUCUGGGGGGACUUGGUGGGUUUUAGCUGUUGGUUGUAAUGGAAGGGGGUGACAUUUACAAGGCUAGUAGUAGUAUAAGAGUGAAUAGUUCCUCCCGAUGGAGGAACAACUCUGUGGAAGUUUUCAACAGGUCUUCACGUGAAGAAGACGAUGAAGAAGCUCUCAAAUGGGCUGCCCUUGAAAAGCUUCCAACGUUUGAUCGUCUAAGAAAAGGUAUAUUAACUACCUCAAAAGGUGAGGCUAAUGAAAUCAAUAUAGAAAGUCUUGGAUUUGAAGAAAGGAAGCAAUUGCUUGAGAGGUUGGUGAAAGUAGCAGAAGAGGACAAUGAGAAGUUCUUGAUGAAGGUCAGGAACCGGAUAGACAGAGUUGGAAUUGAUCUUCCAACAAUUGAAGUACGAUUUGAGCACCUAAAUGUUGAGGCAGAAGCAUAUGUGGGUGGCAGAGCUUUGCCUACAUUCUUUAACUUCAUUGUCAAUAUUGUAGAGGGUUUUUUAAAUUCUCUCUAUAUUCUUCCAAGUAAAAAGAAACACUUGUCUAUCCUUAAAGAUGUUAGUGGAAUCAUCAAGCCUAGAAGAAUGACAUUGCUAUUGGGUCCUCCAAGUUCUGGGAAGACAACACUCUUGUUGGCUUUGGCCGGAAAGCUAGACCCUGAUCUAAAGUUGUCUGGGAGGGUGACUUACAACGGCCAUGGCAUGAAUGAGUUUGUACCCCAGAGAACUGCUGCCUAUAUCAGUCAAUAUGAUCUCCAUAUUGGAGAAAUGACUGUAAGAGAAACGCUGGGCUUCUCUGCAAGGUGCCAAGGGGUUGGAUCACGCUACGAUAUGCUAGCAGAGUUGUCCAGAAGAGAAAAAGAGGCAAAUAUCAAGCCAGAUCCAGAUAUUGAUAUCUACAUGAAGGCUGCCACAACUGAAGGCCAAGAGGCAACAGUGGUGACAGAUUAUACAUUAAAGGUUUUGGGUUUAGAUGUGUGUGCUGAUACCAUGGUUGGAGAUGAAAUGAUAAGGGGUAUUUCUGGUGGACAAAGGAAGCGUGUUACAACAGGGGAGAUGUUGGUUGGACCAGCAAAGGCAUUGUUUAUGGAUGAAAUAUCAACUGGAUUGGACAGUUCGACAACUUUCCAAAUUGUGAAUUCACUCAAGCAAUAUGUUCACAUUCUUGAUGGAACAGCAGUCAUCUCUCUACUGCAGCCAGCACCAGAGACAUAUAAUCUUUUUGAUGACAUUAUUCUCCUCUCUGAUGGCUACAUUGUGUACCAGGGUCCCCGUGAGCUAGUUCUUGACUAUUUUGAAUCCAUGGGUUUUAAAUGUCCGGACAGAAAAGGCGUGGCUGAUUUCUUGCAAGAGGCGACAUCAAGGAAAGAUCAGGAGCAGUACUGGGCACACAAAGAUGAGCCUUACAGUUUUGUCACAGUUCAGGAAUUUGCUGAGGCAUUCCAAUCAUUCCAUGUUGGCAGGAGUAUAGGAGAUGAACUUUCAGUUCCAUAUGACAAGAGUAAAAGCCACCCGGCUGCUUUGACAACCAACAAGUAUGGCGUUAACAAGAAGGAGCUGUUAAAAGCUAAUUUCUCAAGAGAAUACCUUCUGAUGAAGAGGAAUUCAUUUGUUUAUAUCUUCAAGCUUACACAACUUUUUAUGAUGGCUCUGAUUGCAAUGACACUUUUCCUACGGACAAAGAUGCCACGUGAAUCAGUAACCGAUGGAUCAAUUUAUACGGGUGCUUUGUUCUUCACUGUGAUUAUGAUUAUGUUUAAUGGAAUGGCAGAGCUUUCUAUGACGAUUGUAAAGCUUCCUGUCUUUUACAAGCAAAGGGAUCUCCUCUUCUAUCCUUCUUGGGUAUAUGCUCUUCCAACAUGGAUACUCAAGAUUCCAGUAACAUUUUUAGAAGUUGGAGUUUGGGUAUUUAUGACCUAUUAUGUCAUUGGAUUUGAUCCAAGUCCCGGAAGGUUGUUUAAACAAUACCUUCUGCUCGUACUUGUAAACCAAAUGGCUUCUGCAUUAUUCCGAGCUAUUGGAGCAAUGGGUAGAAACAUGAUUGUUGCCAACACUUUUGGGUCCUUUGCGUUGCUCUUACUUUUUGCCUUAGGUGGCUUUAUACUUUCCAAAGAUGAUAUAAAGAAAUGGUGGAUAUGGGGUUACUGGAUAUCGCCUUUGAUGUACGGACAGAAUGCAAUAGUGGUGAAUGAGUUCCUGGGGGGAAACUGGAGAAAUGGUAGCACAACGGAAGCACUGGGAAUUUCAGUUCUGAAGUCUCGUGGGUUCUUCACACAAGCAUAUUGGUAUUGGAUUGGCGUAGGAGCACUGGUUGGAUUCUUACUAGUUUUCAACAUCAUUUUCACGCUGGCUCUUGCUUAUCUUAACCCAUUUGGAAAGGCACAGACUGUAAAAUCAGAUGAACCAGAGAGCAAUGAACAAGGACAGAGGACAGGAGAAGGCAUACAGUCAACACUCAGAGGAAACAGCUCAAGUCACCAUUCCAACAUAGGGAGUAGGAGGAGAAUUAGCUCAUCUGCGAGGUCAGGAGCUGAAAUUGAGGCCAGUCGUAAUGGGAAAAGAGGAAUGGUUCUUCCAUUUGAUCAACAUUCUAUCACAUUUGAUGAUAUUAUAUAUUCUGUUGACAUGCCACAGGAAAUGAAGAGCCAGGGUGUUAUUGAGGAUAAAUUGGUGCUUUUGAAUGGUGUGAGUGGUGCUUUUAGGCCAGGUGUUCUCACAGCUUUGAUGGGUGUUAGUGGUGCUGGUAAAACAACUCUGAUGGAUGUGCUAGCUGGUAGGAAAACUGGUGGAUAUAUUGAAGGGAACAUCACAAUCUCAGGGUUCCCAAAGAACCAAGAAACAUUUGCUCGAAUUUCUGGCUACUGUGAGCAAAAUGACAUUCAUUCUCCUCAUGUUACUGUGUAUGAGUCCUUGCUCUACUCAGCAUGGCUCCGCUUAUCCUCUGAAGUUGAUUCGGAAACCAGAAAGAUGUUCAUUGAGGAAGUCAUGGAGCUUGUGGAGCUAAACCCAUUGAGGAAUGCACUUGUUGGGUUGCCUGGUGUGAAUGGUCUCUCUACUGAGCAGCGCAAGAGGCUCACUAUCGCAGUUGAGCUUGUGGCAAACCCCUCCAUAAUAUUCAUGGAUGAGCCAACUUCAGGUCUAGAUGCAAGAGCUGCUGCAAUUGUUAUGAGAACAGUUAGGAACACAGUGGACACUGGAAGAACAGUUGUGUGCACCAUCCAUCAGCCAAGCAUUGACAUAUUUGAAGCUUUUGAUGAGCUUUUCCUUAUGAAACGUGGAGGACAAGAGAUAUACGUUGGGCCAUUGGGACACCACUCAAGCCAUCUUAUAAAGUAUUUUGAGAGCAUCGAAGGAAUCAGAAAAAUUAAAGAUGGUUACAAUCCAGCAACUUGGAUGUUGGAAGUUACAUCUUCAGCAGAGGAAAUAACUUUGGGUGUUGAUUUUACUAAUGUGUACAGAAACUCAGAUUUGUACAGGAGGAACAAAGCAUUGAUUCAAGAGUUGAGCAAACCUGCACCUAAUAAAAAAGAACUUUAUUUCCCAACCCAAUAUGCACAGUCAUUUUUCACUCAAUGCAUGGCUUGCUUGUGGAAGCAACACUGGUCCUAUUGGCGCAACCCACCAUACACUGCCGUGAGAUUUCUGUUCACAGUUUUCAUAGCCUUGAUAUUUGGGACAAUGUUCUGGGACCUUGGUUCCAAGACCAAGAGGCAACAAGAUUUAUUUAAUGCAAUGGGUUCCAUGUAUGCUGCUGUUCUCUUCCUUGGUGUCCAAAAUGCUUCAUCAGUGCAGCCUGUAGUGGCAGUUGAACGAACUGUCUUCUACAGAGAAAGAGCUGCUGGAAUGUAUUCAGCUUUGCCAUAUGCAUUUGCACAGGUUACAAUUGAGCUCCCAUAUGUUUUUGUACAAGCUGUGUUUUAUGGCAUCAUAGUUUAUGCAAUGAUUGGGUUUGAAUGGACUGUAGCCAAAUUCUUUUGGUAUCUAUUUUUCAUGUACUUCACAUUGUUGUACUUUACCUACUACGGCAUGAUGACUGUGGCUGUGACGCCAAACCACCAUAUUGCUUCCAUAAUAUCGUCUGCAUUUUAUGCAAUAUGGAAUCUAUUUUCAGGAUUCAUUAUCCCACGAACUAGGAUUCCUGUAUGGUGGAGAUGGUACUACUGGGCAUGUCCAGUAGCUUGGACUUUGUAUGGAUUGGUUGUUUCUCAAUUUGGAGAUAUAGAGGAGUUGAUGACUGAUGGCAAUAAUGAAUCUGUAAAAGAGUUUGUUAAAAGCUAUUUUGGAUACAAGCAUGAUUUUCUAGGAGUGGUUGCGGUUGUAGUUGCUGGGGUUGCAGUACUCUUUGCAUUCAUCUUUGCAGUUUCCAUCAAGAUUUUCAAUUUCCAAAGGCGAUAGAAGGUUGUUUUGAUUAUUUUGUAUAGUAUGUUUUUAGGAUUAAUGCUAUCUUGCAAGUACAAGAUGUUUUGUCUCUUACACCAACAAGAUGUAUCUUGAAGCACUUUUUAUUAGCAUUUUGAGGAGGAAUACUAUGAAUUUUAUUCAAAGAAA